CGCUGGAAGGAGGAGGGUCGGAGAUUGGGUGCAGCCAAUCGCGGGCAACGCUGCUAGUUAUCAGAGCAGAAUGGGCUGUAGUUUAGUGGAAUCGGAAAGCUGCAAAACACUGUAGAGUGCUCCCGUGUAAAUAAAAAGAGGAAAAACAAAAGUUUCUCAAGUCGCCGCUGCAGGACGUCGGGCCGGGGGUCUGCGCUCCGGGAGCGGCCGCGCGCUGGACUUUAUUGUGCCGCAACCAGCCCCCGUCCCCAUUGUUUGUGUGUUUUCAAAAUAUGGCAAAGGUUCAGGUGAACAAUGUAGUGGUGCUGGAUAACCCUUCUCCUUUCUACAACCCGUUCCAGUUCGAGAUCACUUUCGAGUGCAUCGAGGACCUGUCUGAAGACUUGGAAUGGAAAAUUAUCUAUGUGGGCUCUGCAGAAAGUGAAGAGUACGAUCAAGUUUUAGACUCUGUUUUAGUGGGUCCUGUUCCUGCAGGAAGGCAUAUGUUCGUAUUUCAGGCUGAUGCACCUAAUCCAGGACUGAUUCCAGAUGCAGAUGCAGUAGGUGUAACUGUUGUGCUAAUUACUUGCACCUAUCGAGGUCAAGAAUUUAUUAGAGUUGGCUACUAUGUAAAUAAUGAAUAUACUGAGACAGAAUUAAGGGAAAAUCCACCAGUAAAGCCAGACUUUUCUAAGCUUCAAAGGAACAUUUUGGCAUCUAAUCCCAGGGUCACAAGAUUUCACAUUAAUUGGGAAGAUAACACAGAAAAACUGGAAGAUGCAGAGAGCAGUAAUCCAAAUCUACAGUCACUUCUUUCAACGGAUGCUUUACCUUCAGCCUCUAAGGGAUGGUCCACAUCAGAAAACUCACUAAAUGUCAUGUUAGAAUCCCACAUGGACUGCAUGUGACCCCACCUUGCCAUCCCUUUAGUACAAAUUAAGCUAUUAAAAACACAGAACUAUUUCCCUGAAAUUCCGUAAGUACAUAGUCAAGAUACAAUGUGAAGAAUUUGUUUUAAAACAUCCUGUAGAAAGUUCAUAUGAAAACCAGUUUAUAAGAAAACCAGUAUUUGAACAAAUUGUGGAAUAUAAAUACAACUAUUUUUAAGUAAGUUUUUCUCUAAUGUGUUAUUUUAUUUGUUCUGAAAGAAUCUGAUUAAAGCAUAUAUAUUAUUUUUCUCUCCUUUAUAUGUAAUUAAAGCUCUUAUAAUCAGAAAAAUAUCAAUAGACCAGAUUACGCAGAUGUCUUAGCCGCUUUGACAAUAAUCUUUGGACCACUAUUUUUCAGGCCUUUUGUGGUUUUAAGGGGCAAAAUUCCAUUCUUUUAUGAAAGAAAUAGGUAUUUGAAAUCAACUAUAUAUGGUAUAAAAAUUAAGGAUUUGUUUUUUUCUAGGCCAUUCUACAGUAUUCUGUAGCUACUCUUAUUGUUCAUAUAAUACUGGACAGAAUUUGGUAUGAUUUCCAAUAACAAAUGUAGCUAAUUGUUUAUAAGGUCCUCUGGCUGUUUUUGUUUUUAUAACAGUUUACAACAUCAGAGCACAUGAACUACAAAUUAUUGUACAGUAAUUUCAACACAUUAAGAACAAAUACAAACUCCCUUAAAUUUAAGAAUAGGAGAUUAUAAUGGCUGUUCUUUGAAAGUUUGUAAAAACAUAUGAACUUCAAAAACUGUUUUGGUAGAUCAUGUGUUGUUGGCAUUAUAUAAAAACAGUGGCUUUAGAAAGGCAUAGUUAGCUUUAGCUUUAAUCAUAAUACAUUACUGUUUUGGAAAUAGGUAUAUCCUACCACCACCACCACCCCACACACCUGUAGUAUUCUUCACGCCCUCUGAUACUUAUGAAUAUGAAGAAUACCCUCAAGCAUAUUUGUACUUGACAUAUUCUAGGUAGUUUUUCCAGAUAAGCUUUUUAAAAAUCAGUCUUGGGAAGGAAUUCAUUAACUAAAUGGGCCAAAAGGUUAUUUUUCUUUGAUGAGAGCUAGGUACUUUCUCAAACAGUUCUUAAGUUCUGUUAAAUUAAGGGUUGCAUAUUUUCAUUUGGCUCUUGCUACUAAGCAAGAUAGCCUAUGAUGCAGGUUUUGCAGUGCCUUCGUAUCUAAAACUUUUAUACUGCACUUUUUUAAAGCAUUUAUUUUGAGGAAAUAAAAGGGCAUUUGUCUAAAUACA